GUUCUGGAGUUUUAGCCAAGAAAGGUGAGACAGGGAAGUUUUACUGUGGAAUGAAACUGUUGACAUGUACAUGCUGUGACGGACAUUGCGGACCAGAAAAUGGGUGUAACUGUGAUGCUUGUGCUGCCCUUGACAAGGAGGAGGAAGAGAAUGGGGCGGAGCUUGCUCGAAAACCUCCACCUGCUGGUCCCAUGAUUGACAGCUGGACAUGGGGAGAGGAACCAGACAUUGCAAAGUUAGAAGCAUGUCUCAAGUCAUUGCUACACGAGAAUCAGCAGUUAUGUACAGAGGCAGCGUGCACUUCCCUGUCAACCACAAGACUCCAGCAACGGCUGGCUGUGCUCGAGCGCUACUUCAGCGCCGUCUCCAGGCAAACACCACCGGAGAAAAGUGGUCCAUCCAAAAAGAGUCAGGCAAAUCAAACCAAUCUGAACAAACAGAAAAGCAAUAUAAAACCAGCAGAGAAAGCAACCAUGGGCCUGGCUAGAGUAGGGUCUCGGGCAGCACUUAGUUUCGCCUUUGCUUUCCUCCGACGAGCAUGGAGAUCUGGGGAAGAUUCGGACCUGUGUUCAGAGCUGUUGCAAGAGUCCUUAGAAGCCCUGCAGUCCUUGCCAGAAGCCAGUUUGUUUGAAGAUGGCUCUGUUUCUGGCGUUUGGCUGGAUGUGGUAGAAAGAGCUGGGAAGUUUCUACAUUCUGUUGUUGCUGGAGAUUUGAACUCCUCUAGUGCAUCAAGUGGGAGAAGAGCCAGUCCCUGUUCAAGACCAGCAAGACAGCUCUGGCUCUCAUCCUAG